UGUAAGACGCGAGUGGUGCACAUUGAUGAAGUGGAUGGGUGUCCAAUAGAUGCAUCUCGCUCGAAAUGCUCUGCGAACAAUUGGAUUAAAUAAAAGAUCUUAUGCUGACCGAGAUAACUUCAUAAGAGUGUAUAUUUGAUGUUCUUACACAAAGGGAUCUUUUCUGUAAGAGAUGGCUAUUAACACGGACGCCCCUCACGCGACAGAUGCCCUGUGCGAGAGAGCCGCGCUGCAGUCCACCGAUUUUGGAGAUAGACCUACUCAGAAACUUCUCGACAUCUCAGACAAAGAGCUGAAAAGAGAAUUGAACCACUCGCCUUCUGAUACACACCUCGUGAAGUGUCUCGAAGCGGAACGGAAGGAACAGACUAUGGAUAACGUUGCCCCGGAGCCCCACUCUCCGUCGCGGGUCAGUUUCAGCCGCUCGUCGUCGCCCACGCCCGGGGAACGCGAGCCCUGCAGCUUCAUGUGGGUGGCCGUGAUCUCCUGCUUCUGCCCGGCCGUUCCAAUAAACCUGUUUGCGCUUUAUUUCGCUAAUAUGUCUCGGUCCAUGAUACAAGCAAAAGAUUAUGAUGGGGGCAGAAGACUUGGGCGUCUAGCUUUGUUGCUUAGUAUCGUUUCCAUUGUUGUGGGUCUGGCUAUAGUCCUUUAUCUGUUGAUGACAGUCUUCUGGAAGUGUGGAGCAUCACAAGGAUGCAAGGUGGAGGAGUGCAGUGUGAGACGGGCCGCAUCCUCGGUGUAGCAAAAAUAUUGUAUUGAAUACAUGUAUUGAACUCGUAAGAGAUGAACAAGGGCUAUAUUCAACCAAAAGAGGGCAAUGCAUGUCUAAAAAGAAAUGUACAAUAUUAUAUUUGAAUUGUGCAGAUUUGUCUUUUACUAAUAUGGUGCCAUAUUUUUGCAUGUUAGAAAUUAAACCAA